CAUAACGAAGAACUUCUCAAAAGUCGCAGAGCACGCUGCGGCUAGUUUAGUUUGAUGAAAUGAAAGUUGAUUUCAAAGGCAGGAAUACAAUUUCCCGUUCCGAGGGGAGGGUACCUGUGGAAAAUUAAUAUUGUUCUCCCACUCCUCCCUCCCGCUCUUUCUCUCUGUAGUCUCUGCUGUUGAACUGUCAUCAUUAGAACCAGCCGCGUCGACCCAACUGCGCGAGGAUUGUCGUUUCAGAUGCACCUUUUCGUAAAAGGCAUCAGAUCAACUGUCGGUCUUCGGCACCCUUCCCGGCCAUUCCCGUAACUUCCGGCGAUUUGUACAUUUCCCGAUCAUCCCAGACUGUGUAAUCAGAGAAAGGAUUUUGAGAGCUGUGAAGACAAUGAGUGAGGUAUUUGAAGGAUAUGAGCGCCAAUACUGCGAGCUUUCGGCCAAUCUUUCGAAGAAGUGCACGUCAGCUGGUUUUCUCGAUGGAGAGCAAAAGAAGCAGAAAAUUUCUGAAAUAAGAUCCAGAUUGGAUGAAGCAGAAGCUUUGAUUCGAAAAAUGGACCUUGAGGCAAGAAGUUUGCAGCCAAAUGUCAAGGCUGUGCUUCUUGCUAAAUUAAGGGAAUAUAAAUCUGAUCUGAACAAUUUGAAAAGCGAACUAAAAAGAAUUUCAUCAGCAAAUCAGGCUGCUCGAGAUGAGUUGUUGGAAUCAGGAAUGACAGAUGCAUUAACGGUAUCAGCUGAUCAAAGAGCGAAAUUGUUAACGUCAACAGAGAGAUUGAAUCGCUCCAGUGACAGAGUUAAGGAAAGUCGAAGAACUAUGCUGGAGACAGAAGACCUUGGCGUUUCGAUUCUUCAAGAUCUGCAUCAACAGAGGCAAUCUCUCUUACAUGCACAUGACACGCUUCAUGGAGUGGAUGACAACAUUAGCAGGAGUAAGAAAGUUUUGACCUCCAUCUCAAGGAGGAUGAGCAGGAACAAGUGGAUUAUUAGCUCUAUUAUUGCAGUUCUUGUUGUUGCUAUAAUAUUGAUCUUGUACUUCAAACUCUCCAAAUAGCCAAGACACUCUCUUUGGUGUUUCUAUUAACUGACACAUGAAAACCUAGAACCAUGUCUCCUCUUUGGUUGGUAUUGUGGGUGCUUCCAUGGGUCAUGAGUGUGCUCUUUUCUGUUUUCCUUUUCUUUGUUUGGUUUUCGCCCUGCAGCUGUCUCAAUUACUGGAAAGCCAACAUUGAGAUAUUGAUCUCCAUCCUUCUAAUUUGUUGUUUAUCUUAAUCGUAUGGAAUGAAAUGAUUUGGAAAA